GACACUCUAUCGAGAACUGUGCGUGGUUUGUACCUUCUUCAGAGAAAGAUCGCGCUGUUUGCAACGCAAUAAUGUAUGCCACAAUUGCACAUCGUAGAGCUAUAAACGUCGUACUUAUCAUCUCUGUAAUGGCGUUGGUUACCGAUUUGUACGGAGUUUGUGAUGCACUAACGAUAUCACAAGAUGUGAAAGUAUUACUGCAGUCCUGUGUAUUUGGAAUCGGCCUUUUACUUUGUAUAUUUAUCAGUCUUUAUCUCGGAGAAAAACUUACGGAGUACAAUAACGAUCUGGCGAUAUAUGUAUACAACACGUCGUGGUAUUUAAUGUCAGUGUCGUCGCAAAAGCUUGUGUUGUUUCUAAUACAGAACAUUGGCAAAGAGUUCACAGUAACGAUCGGUUAUAUUUUGGAGGGAAAGAUCGAAAAUUUUGUCAUGAUCAUCAAAGCUGCGAUGUCAUAUGUCACCGUUUUGUACAAUAUGUACAAUAAUUAGGAAUGAAUUUCUAAAAUCUGAUUAUAGUGUCGAAUGCACUUUAAGUUGUUUUCUUUCUUUUUACAGUUUUGCGUUUCAU